AUGAAUUUGAAAAUGCGGCUGCUUUUGGUCAUACAUGUUCUCGCGCUGGUGCUUUCGUUGACCCAAGCUAAGCAGAAAGUCAAAGUGCAAAAGCCAGAAGUCACGAAGCUGGAGGUGGUGAACCUCGGCGAGGUACAAGUUAAAUCCGACUUGAAGCAAUCCAACGUUGAAGCAAUUCAACGAAAACGAGACUCCGGAUACGCCUACAACAAGCCGCAUCGUGUCUCAUCGAGUGCUCGGCUUCGCAUACAAACGCAUCCAUCCAGAAGUCAAAUUGCAUUCAAGAUCCCUGGUCAGUUGAGCAGACCGUUUAUGAAAUAUGGACCACCGCAGACUCACUCGACUUCCGAUCCGGCCGCGCACGGAUAUCAUGCUGAGCAACAUCAGAACAAAUUGCAGUACGACGUCGGUCAACAGCAAUCGAUCGGUUUCGGUGGCACGGGACUGGCGGAACAGGAAGUACCGAGUCCGAUUAGAAACGUCGAUUUCACGGAGAUGAAUCCGAUCGCCAGUCAAAAUAACGUGCCGUUUGGUAUGCACACCGCUAAUUAUUUACCGCCGCGAAAUCAGCAGCUGCCGGCUUAUUCCUCGACGAACAGUUUCGAGCCGCAGAGCUUUCCGAAUCAGGGACAAAUUCGCGGUACGAGCUCGCAGAAUUUCGUACAGACACAGGUAAAUCAAAUUUCCGACGCCGCGGUCUUUCUGUCCGAGAACGCGCAGGCGAUUCAGCAACUUUACGGCGCGCCCGCGAGUCAUCAGGAUUUCGCGCCCGGCAACGAACACUUUCAUGGCAUCGGUAAUCAGAUUCAUAAUCCAAGCGAUCAGUUCGAGAGUACCUCGCAGAAUCCUGAAGAAUUCCGUGGCACGUUGCCGUCAUACGCGUCGGGCACGCUCGGUCCUCGGGAGACUCUGGAGCAAAUUCAGGCUCUAGAAAAAGAUCGGCUGAUCGUUCAGCUGCAGCAGGCCCUUGCUCAGGCUCAGAACAGCGUGGGAAGAUACGCUCAGAAUCAAGCAGGUUUCGUUCAGAGUCAAGAACUUCUGGCCUCUAUAAGCCAGCAAGUGAACUCGCGUGUUCCCGCGACGCCGCAAUCUGCCGCCUUCGCCUCCGGAAACACCGCCUUCAGUCAGUCUACCUUGCUACCAGGGACCACGGUCAAUCCCUUGAGGCUUCCCGUUAACUACGGUAUUCCGACCACUACGCAAACUCCGACUACAACAACGGUAGCGGCGGGAGUCUUCACCACGCAGCCUCCAUCGCAAUCGUCCGAGGGCGAUAGCACUGCCCAAGUAGUAUCGUCGCCAUCUAACCAGCCUGGCUCUUCCGUGACUGGAUCUCCCGCGGGAAUUCCCGUUUACGGUGGAUUCGUGCCGUCCUUUAUCACGGGAACCAACUUCCCUCCGAGCUACAGCACCGGCAUCCUCGCGUCCGGGUCCUUCAGGCCCGAAACGUCGCCCACCCAUUUUGGGAUACCGAUUCCCACGGAACCGCCGCAUCAGAAACCGGUGUCGGGAUUGGCACCCUCGAUCCCGGCGACGACAACGACGCCCCUCUCGCCCGUCCCGCCGCCGAGUCGACCGGGGAUCGCUCUUACCCCGGCGGCAAUCACGCCGGUGGCCCUGCCAAUUCAACCGAUACGACCUGUUGCUCCCCUCGCGACGCCGCUACACCCGAUCGCCGCUCCCCUGCUGCCGGGGAAUCCCGCCCAAGUGCAUCCGGCGGGACCUGUGACGUCAACCAGCGUGCAACACACGUACGGACACGUGCAGACCGCGUUGCUCAAUCCCCUUCUUUAUAAACCGGUUAAAGCCGUCUAUCCGGUGUACUACUACCCCGUGAACGUCGCCUAUCAGCUGCAGAAGCCCGCCUCGCCGAGCUACCCGUGGAAUUACGCGCCCUUGUACGCGACGCAGACGGCACCGGCGAAAAUAUGGAAAUGA